CAUCUUGCUACGGAGUACCUUCUCUUGACAUACGUUGAUGAGAUUAUAUAAUCUAUGGAGCAUCUCAAGCAAUUUCGCAGCUCCGUUUCAAAAAAUUUUGACGAAUUGUUCGAUUCUGUUUACAAAGUUCUACAUGCUGAAAUUGCUGCUCGUGAUGCAAGAGUUUUGGAAAGCGAAGAACGCGCCAGCGCGAUAGAAGAGGCGCGUGUCAAAGCUUGCUCGAGAGUCAAGGAGCUUGAACGUCAAAUCGAAGAUUUUCAGUGUCGCCAAUCACCUAGCAUAUCUCGGACUGAAGGCACUGAGCGUUCAAAUGGCAGCUCAUGUUUGGUGACAGAGGAAUAUGCACCGCAAAAUGUUUUUAAAUCAUGGGAGAGCCAUAUCUCGAAGAACUCCAAUCUAGAUUUGUAUAAUCUGCUUGGAAACAUCCAUUAUAAGUACCAUGCAUUGUAUGAUGCAGUUCACACUCUUGAAGGCGCCAUGAAAGAGCUCAAGACACAGGCGAAGCGAAGCAAGAAGAAACUUCAACAGUGGCACGAACGUGUUCAAUGCAAUGAGUUCUCUCUUAUUCUUGAUGGCACUACAGUCAAAUUCAGCCGAAUGCCGGAGGUCCAGAAGCAAAUUGGUGGCAAGUCUCAAUCGCUUUCGAAGAAAGUCGAAUGUCGAGUGGGACCUGAAGAUAGGGCAAAGACCAUGCCUUUACAUCCACAACAUGCAUAUAAAGGGGGCGUUGCCCUAUCGGAAAUUGACAGCAACACACUGGAUCCAGCAGGAGCGACUCUUGAGCAAGGUUCGGCUUUGGAUUCCACAUCACUUAAUAGUUCUUCUCCGGAUGGAAGGAAUUCAACACAUAUCCCACCACAUGGCAAUGAAUCUUCUCAGGUAAAAACCGGUUUAAAAAGAAAGCGGACCGUGAAUCUGGAAAGUCCAUCGACUAUAUUACCUCAUACAAGCACCAUAGAGGUGAAGCCAGAGUCGAUUUCUAUGUCCAGUGAAAAGACAAAGCCGAGUUCGCUACAAAACUACCAAGAGCAUCGCGCUGCAAUUCCUACUGGAACGCAAGAUCUGGAUGAUAUUGGAAUUACAGUUGAGACACCAAUGAAAAAGCGAAUAUCUGAUGGUUAUCAAAAUCAUAGCAAACAGCCUGAAUCAAAUGACCACGAAGCUUCAAGUUUUGACCAGGAAAUACGUGCCAAUCGAUAUAGUGAAAAGUUACGACUUGACUGGCAGUUGAGAGAAUGUCCCACGCCACUGCAGCCAGCCAACACCAAUGCUCGAAUGUCCAAUAACAAUAUCAAGACUGCUGGUACCAAAGAACGGACAGACAUUUGUCGUGCAUCGGCAAGAUUUCAUUUUAUGACCGAAGAUGGCGAGAAAGAUUAUUCUAAUAAUGGGCAAGAAAGGCUCAAUGAGACCUCGACAAAAGCGGCUGCAGUAAAUCCUUCGAAUAUUGAUGAUGAUAAUUCUGUCCAUCGACGGCUGAGUGGCCUUCUUGCAUCUCCGUUGCCUUCGAAACGGCCAUUGGCCCAGUUCAACGAUCACAACGAUCCCAGAAAACCCGCAGAUCUCAUUCAUGAGUCUUCGUAUUCAGUUAACCAAGAUCAUGAACCCCCGAAGACAGUUUCUUGCACUGUACAUGCAGAUUCUUCACAAUCGAGAAAUGAUUCAAUCAUUGGUAGACGCCCCGAAGGGGUAGGCGCCGGUCAAGAUCUACUAGUAUGUUCCAAGGAUGGGCCUCUUCGAGUUCGCUCGCCUCGAGAACUGAAUCCCGAAUGCUUCAGGUUAAACCCGGACCAAAACAACGGACUUGAGUUCGCAUAUGGGCAGGUCAUCCGCAACAAAGCCGAGCGCCAACAUUUAGCUGGCUGCAUGCGCCCUGGAUGCUGCGGGGAUGUAUUUCGUGCGAUGGCGCGCCUCAAACCACAAACUGGUUCGGAUCAGGAAGAAGACCAGAGACUUUUGGAAGAGUAUAUGGGGAAAGACAGCCAUUCCUUGGAUCAGCUUAGCGAGGAGUCUCGAAAGAAGCUAAUUCUCGAAGCUCGAGCAAGGUCUCUUGCUAACAACUAUGGAAAACACCGGCAUCAACAUCAACGCGCACAUUCUCCUCCCGGAUUCUGGCGUACGGAGAUGCCUGAUACCCAGGAAUUAGAAAAUGAUCGUCAGGAAGCGAGAAGACUUGAACACGAGACGGUUACAGCGCGUCGCCAAGAAGCAAUGCGUCCGGGAGGCCUAUGGCAGUUUGCAGACGAAUAGUUCAUUCUGCCCUUCCAAAGCAUCUCUGUUCUGCCUAUUACUUUGAUGACAUGCCGACUAUAUAUAUAUAGAUAUGAUUAGACAGUGCAGGGUUACCAUGGCGAACUGGACACCUCAUCCAGCUAGUAGCUCUCGCGGAACUCAUAAUCAAAUCAAGGACAGAGUCUAUGCUGCUCUGUCGCGUUACCCAGUUUGCCGUAGGCCGUACUUAUACGUCAUCGUGCACAAGCAGGGCGGGGUGUUAGGGACUGAGGAGGCUGAAAGUAUCCGUGUCUAUACGGAGUUGGGAAAAAGAACAAUGCCCGGGUCUCUUCUAAGUGUUUGAGAAGGAAUACAUUCCAAGUUACCCCUGGGAAGUUUGGAACUUUGCCUAGUCAGUUAUCUCGUGUUGACCUCGGCAUGUAACUAUGUAUAUCUCUCUUGGCAGCCGUGACGUGACGUGCCGAAGACCUAGCCACUC